AUGACUCCCUACGAAACACAGACGUUGUGUAUUUUUGGAUGUGGAAACUUGGGAAGAGCCAUUUUGACCAAACUGGUCACUUGGAAUGAGUCUCCGUUUUCCAAGAUAUUUGCCGUUGUCCGAACAGAAGCAUCGAAAAGGAAGCUAAACGAAGCUUUUGGCAAGCAACUAAGCGUGCUAUUGGCCAACGAAGGCGUGGCAGCAGUCCGAGAAUCGGACGUUGUCAUGUUGGCCGUAGAUCCAGCCGACGUAGCCGCGGUACUGCAAAAGCCUGGAUUUCGAAAGGCAUUGGGUGAGAAACUACUGAUAAGCAUUGCUGCCGGCUGGCCCAGUACCCGAAUCGAGGAUGUCCUGUAUGGGAAAACCGCCAGCGGCCAAGGACAUGCACACAUCCUGCGCGCACUGCCCAACAUUGCCGCGUCCGUUGGCCAGUCAUUCACAGCCCUGGCAGUUCCGGCAGAAUGCUCGAUACCAGAGCAGCGCAUUGCCCUCGCAGAACGCAUCUUUGCCCGCGUGGGCCAGACGGCCCGGGUGCCGCCGUCUCUGAUGGAGGCGACCACGGCCGUCGCAGGCUCGACGCCCGCCAUGUUUGCCGUGCUGUGCGACGCGCUGAUUGACGCCUCUGUGGCUGUCGGCAUGCCCCGUCAGAUGGCCGAGGCGAUGGUGGUACAGUCGAUGAGGGACAGCGCGGAGCUGCUGCUGCAGAACGGCGGCAUGUCGUGCGCGACGCUGCGAGAUGCCGGCACCAGCCCGGAGGGGUGCACAAUGGCCGCCAUCAUGGUUAUGGAGGAGCGCGGAGUUCGCGGCGCUGUUGGUCGCGCUCUGAGGGAAGCGGUGACGGCGGCGCGGCGGAUGGACAGUGUCCAGCAUGUCAAUGAUACCUGGCGUUGA